ACUAUAUAUAUAUAAUAAGAGAGAAUUUUAAGUGUUAUUAUUUAUCCUGCAAUCGUUCACCGAUGUUAUUAUCAAUAAUUUAUUCGUUAUCAAAAUAGCGAAACGCAAGGUCCAAAGGUUUGAACCAAUUUUAACAUCUGCAUAUAUCACACGAAAAGUUAGGCUGAUAAUACCACUUCACAUUUAGUCGACGGCGUCACCCGACCGACACAUGGCGUCUAAAGAUUUCCCGGUGAAGUUCGCCGGUGAAACUUACGACUUAAAUAAAUUUAUUAAAGACCAUCCGGGUGGUGUUAAUACGUUGGAGAAAUACAGGGGAAGGUCCAUAGCUAGCGUUAUGAAGAUAUAUGGUCACAGUGACGGCGCGUAUCAUAUGCUGAGUGAUUUUAAAGUUGAAAGUGCUGGCGAUAGUAACUUGACUGGUAGUGUGAGUGAAAAUGGAAGGAUCAUUACAAAGCCUGAAGCCGAGUGGGAUGCUGAUGAGAUUGCUUUCUUAGAGGAGUUAGAGAGUAGGCUUGAUUGGUCAAAGCCUCUUCUGUCCCAGUUACACAAGAUAGCGCCACAUUACCAGAAAUGGGUGCACAGCCCAAUUUAUAGAAAAUGCCGGCUGUUCUCAAAUCCAUUGUUGGAGUAUAUGACGUUCACGCCAUGGUACGUCGUGCCCAUUUUCUGGAUACCGAUAAUCAUAUACUUAGGAUUAUCACAGUACUUUGACCUUGUUCAAUGUGAAGACUGUGAAGACCUUCGAUUAACAAAUCUUGAGUUUGUAUGGCAUAUAGUUUUUGGUUUCUUCUUGUGGACAUUUUUGGAAUAUUCCCUCCACAGAUGGGUGUUCCACUAUGAUCCUGGCUCAUCAGUUCGGAUGAUUCAAAUACAUUUCCUUAUUCACGGGAUGCAUCAUAAGGUCCCUUUCGAUGGAUUAAGACAAGUAUUUCCACCAAUACCUGCCUGUAUGAUUGUUAUCACACUUUUAAUCAUCGUUUGGCCCAUUUUCAAUCACCUUAUUAUUAAACUAACUGGCUCUCUUAUAGGUUACCUUAUAUACGACAUGAUACAUUACUACGUGCACCAUGGGUCCCCGAGAGAUGGUACUUAUUUCUACGCAAUGAAACGGUACCACUCCAAUCAUCACUUCCUUAAUCAUGACAAAGCUUUCGGCAUCAGCAGUAAAUUAUGGGACUACGUAUUCAAGACUAUUGUACAAGUAAAGAAGUUGAAUUUUGCUUUGCGUUGGUAACUUAUAUUAUGAUGUGGUAUUAGCGGUGGAGAUGGUGGGUUUUAUAUUUUAAGCGAUUUAGUAUAAGAGAAAUUAGUUUCUAGAGGCUCAACCCGAAAUAUCUUCGAAAAAAUUGUGUCUGGCCUUACUAAUAAACAUUGUACGGCGGUUGUGUAAACGACAAUUUGUUUUCUUUUUUCGAAUUUGAAAUCAACAAUGACUGUGUGUUCAAGAUCGAAAUACGUUAUUCCAAAUGUCAUUUUAAUUUAUAUUUUCAUCAAUAGAUGGCGAUAGAUGUAUUUUAUAUCGCGCUAUAACAACGUCUUUUUGAAAAAGUACUAAAUAAGUUUUUGUAAAUUUAUAAAAAGAGAAACCAAUUACACUAUUUGACCAGCAGUA